ACACGGUUACCCGGAAGUGUUUCUGCAUUGACUAAUUGAGAGUAUUUUACUGUUAGCUUGUAGUUCAACAAUGCAGCAACGAGAGGAGAAGCAGUUGGAGGCGGCGGUGGAGUCUCUCGUUUCUCGUGUAGCGCACGUCAAAAACGCUCUUCACAGCUUCAUUUAUAAAUUGGAAAAUGAAUACGAGCGAUUAACAUGGCCCUCUGUUUUGGACAACUUUGCGCUGAUAUCCGGUCAGCUGAACACCAUCAAUAAACUGCUGAAGAACGAGAAGACUCCGUCCUUUCGCAACCAGGUUAUAAUACCGCUGCUUCUGUCCCCGGACCGAGAUGAGGACUUAGCAAAACUCACAGAGCAGCGCGUCCCAGUGUUCAGCCAUGAGAUUGUACCGGACUACUUGCGGACCAAGCCUGAUCCAGAGGUGGAGGAGCAGGAGAAACAGCUGAGUGUAGAGGCGGCGCGAAUUGGCCCAGAGGUGGCACAGAAACAGAUCCAGACGUUGAAUAAACUUUGUUCCAAUCUGCUGGAGAAGCUGAACAAUCCUCGUGAUGACAGAGAUGCAGAGAGUGCAGCAAUACGACAGAACAAACCAUCGUUCAACCCUGCUGACACUAGCGCGUUGGUGGGAGCAGUUGCAUUUGGAAAGGGGCUUUCCAAAUGUAGGCCUCCUGGUCCAGUGGCCCCUGGACAUCCGGGACAAGGGCCCAUGAUGGGUGGAGGUCCAACCUUACAGCAGGUCACCAUUGGUGGUGGUUCAAGCCAGCAAGCAGGUAUGGGAGGACCUGUGGCUCCACAGCAGCAAGGGCAGCCAGGUAGGAGACCUGGAGAGCCGGGAAAAAUGCCAAGCAGCAUCAAGACAAACAUCAAAUCUGCAUCCGGUUCAAUGCAUCCUUAUACCCGAUGAGCUCCAUCUUUUUUUUGGUUAUGUUUAUAAGCAUUUGUUACAUUUCACAUCUCUCGCAUUUGUAACUUUAUACAAACCCAUUAUUUUCAUAGAAUGGACCAACAUCUACGAAGUUAUUGCUACUCUGAUCUCUCUGAAGCUGUUUCACUCACAUUCUUAGUGUAAAAUGAUCUUAAACAUAAAAUGUUAAUAUUUGCAACCAUCCGGGUUCCUUUUUUAUUUUCAUUUUUGAUACACCAUCUGAACCUCUGUGUUUGAGCCACUAGAUGGCAGUAUGUCAUCAUUGUUUUGGGAUUAGAAAGUAUUUAGUACUGUACUAUUGACUCAAUAAAAUAUCUGCUUAAAGAACUACUUUGUGUCACGAAUAUAUUUAAAUCACUUUAUUUUUUAUUAUAUUUAUGCACUUAAGGAAAGUAAUAAAUCAACUUUCCUAUUAUCUCGCAUUUUUUAAUCUUAAACUAGUGUGCUUUGCCAGUAGCUUCUUUUUUAUUUUAUUUAAAUUUUACAAUCAAGUGGUGUUUACACAGCUCUGUAUUGUCCAAACUGUAACAUUGCUGUAUUUGAUCAUCGCUAGUGUUACGUGUCUUGACAUGGACGGAACAUCUGCCCAUCAAAUGACCAUCCAGACAUUUCAGACAUGCGCACAUGAUCUCAUGAUGUCCCUUCCCGUAUUUCUGCCGGUGUCCUCUUCCUCCUGCUCCUCUUUGCACAUUUCGCUGCGGUACCAAAGGUGAGAAUAAUGAGGGGGGACAUUGCUCUGCGUGGCCUGAUAAUGUCAAAG